GCUUCUUCUUCCUCCUCUCAGACCAGCUAAGGCUAGCCAAGAGCAAGAAGCUAGAGUACUUCAAGCUCGAAGCUAGCUAGCUACCCAGACACCAUGGCCCGCAUUGCGCCGCUCCUAGUGGUGGUGCUGCUCUCCGCACUGGCCGCCGUGCAGCUCUCCCCGGCGUCGGCCUGCCCCACCUGCCCGACCCCGGUGCCUCCGCCGCCGCCCAAGGUGACGCCCCCGCCGCCGCCGUCGUCCGUGCCGUGCCCUCCGCCGCCGCACUACACUCCCACGCCGUCGCCGCCCACGCCGUCGUCGCCAACGGGGAAGUGCCCCGUGGACACGCUGAAGCUGCUGGCGUGCGUGGACGCGCUCAACGGGCUGGCGCACGCGGUGAUCGGUGCCAGCCCCAGCGACACCUGCUGCCCGCUGCUCUCCGGCGUCGCCGACCUCGACGCCGCGCUCUGCCUCUGCACCGUCAUCAAGGCCAAGGCGCUCAACACCAGCCUCGUGAUCCCCGUCGCCAUCUCGGUGCUCGUCAACGAGUGCGGCAAGCACGUGCCCUCCUCGUUCCAGUGCCCGUCUUAUUGAUGAGCUCCAGCAGUUACCAUGUAUCACCCUGCAUCUGCAAUUCUGCAUGCAUGGACUAAGCUCUCUCCAUGUGAGUAAGUACACGCGUAGGAGUCUUGCAUGUAUGGUCAUACAUACAAACAUGUAUAAUAAUACCACAUAUGCAUAGCUAUACAGGUUCAUGCAUGAACAGCUCUAUAUGGCUGCUUGUGGUGUGAGCCUUAUAACAUGCAUUGUACAAUUGUGUAUCAUAUAGUAUCUCGUGCAAACUAUAAUUGCAUAGCAUAUAUAGGUGUGAGUUGUGGUGUUGGUUUUGUAGUAUUCUUUUGAAGAACUAUGAAUAAAUCCUUUUUGUAAUGUAUAAGAAGUUUUCACA